AUGGACUGCGGCGGGCAGACGGGACCCCCGAUCCCGGCAGGUACCCACAGCGAUCCCCCGACCAGAGGUCUCGGAUGUACAACAGUAAGCAAUAUUAUAUCUGAAACAUGCGAAGUAAUUUGGAAUGAGUUAUGCCCAAUUGUUCUUCCACCUUCUUUAUCGAAAAAAGAUUGGAAAAGUAUUGCAGCAGACUUUGAUCAACGAUGCGAUUUCCCUCACUGUAUCGGUGCUAUUGAUGGAAAACACAUUGUUAUUCAAUGCCCUAAUAAUGCUGGUUCCAUGUAUUACAAUUAUAAACAUAGCCAUAGUAUCGUUUUAAUGGCAGUAUGCGAUGCUAACUAUAUGUUUACAUUUGUUGACAUUGGAGCCUAUGGUAGACGCAGCGAUGGUGGAAUUUUUAAAGAAUGCCAAUUUGGCAAAAAAUUUGAACAAAAUAAAAUGAACGUGCCAGAAGCAGAGGAUAUUUCUAGAAAUGGUCCCAAAUUGCCGUAUUGCCUUGUUGGAGAUGAAGCAUUUCCUUUAAAAGAAUAUUUGCUUCGACCAUACUCAGGAAGGGGCGGGCUGACUAAAGAAAAAAAUAUAUUCAAUUAUCGACUAAGUCGUGCCAGACGAGUGAUUGAAAAUACAUUUGGUAUUCUUGCCUGUCAAUGGCGAAUACUGAGAAAGCCAAUAAUUGGCAAAGUAGAAACUGUUGAAAGAAUUGUGCAAAGCAUUGUGUGUUUGCAUAAUUGGUUACGAAAACAGGACAUAAACAAAAAUGAAUACAUAACUACAAGUAUGAUCGAUCAUGAUGGUCCUAAUGGUUUUAUACCUGGUUCUUGGAGAAUGGUUGUUGAAAACGGUUCUGGUUAUCGUGAGGUACAAAGAGCAGGGGCAUAUAUGAGUACUCGGAAAAGUAUGGAAGUGCGAGAAAAUUUUUGCGAAUAUUUUAAUAAUGACGGAUCUGUAUCAUGGCAAGAUGAUUAUGCUUAA